AUGCACCCAAGACCCAUUUGCACAUUUGUAGGAGAUUCUUCGUGAACUUCCCAUUCCACAAUUCAUUAUCCAACUGAAGUGUACAUACAGAUUGAAUGUCUUGACAACUGAUACCACCGGGCGAUCGAAUUCCUCCUCCUGCUACAGGAGUGACCCGAGCUUCUAGUUCCUGGCCUUGCCCCUCCCCACUCGCAGGACACCAGAAUAAGUAGCAGAGGUGACCGUACCCCGUCCUUGCCAGCUGUCGGUCAAACCUUGACCUCUUCGCGACGUGAAAGACGCAGUUGCUAGUCGCGGCCCAAACUUUGAUCAGCCUGCUGUUGAGCUCGUCAAGCCCCGAGAAGCCGGACCCCAAAUCGCUCCUACCACCGACUUUGAAUAAUGUCUACCGAUUCGGAAAUGGCUACCACAGCAAGGCCUAAUGACAUGGUCGACGAAGCUGCUCCGUCGACCCCGCCUGACAACCACUCCUUCGACUCUCAUCAGUCACUACCCUCGACUGAAGGCCCAGCGUCACCUAUUGAUCCUACAUCGUCCUUCAAGACCGAGCUGAACGAUGACCGAAUUCCGAAUUCCCAGGUCAUUCCAUCGUCCUUGACCCCGCCGCCUUCCUCUCAGGUUCCGCACGUAACCAAUGGGGCUUCUUACAUCAGCUCCCAGAGAGCCAACAUGUUCUCUCCGCCGGCCACAACUAGAUAUGCCCUCCGACACGAUGGGAUUCAGGUAAACGAAUAUAUCCCGCCCGACACCCAACAGAUUGAAGACGCCUCGGCCGGAGAGCUGCGGACCAUGUUCCAGGCUUGCCUCGCUGAAAAUGCCCGCCUCAAGAUGGAGACAGCUCACCACAAACUACAAUACAAUCUACUCAGCAUGCAGGCCGACGAAGAUUCGAAGCGGGCCAAGGUCGAACACGACAUGACGCGUCGGGAGGUCGACGUACUUCGAAUGGCUGAGAACUCGCGCCAAGCCAGGAGGGAACUGAGUGCUGCUCAACAAUCUACCCAGGCGAAAUACCUCCAAUUGAAGGUUUGCUACGAGGCCGCCAUCGAGGAAAACGACAGCCUUAUCAAGCGAGCGAAGCUGGCUAAGAGGGUUAUCCAGCAGAAGGAAGAUGAGAUUAUUGGUCUGACUGACGAACGUGACAUGCUCCUAAACCGAAUCCGCGAGAACCGCGAGCACUUCCACAUGCUAUGCAGCCCUGGAGGAGCUUUCCACGGCGCCCUCACACCGAAGACCCCGGCCGUGGCCACUCCGCAGCAAUACCGAGCCACGACUCGACAGACUCCUAGAGCGAUGCACCAGCACACUCGCUCUGAGAACGUCGGUUUUGAUGCGCUCCUGCAGGCUCUCAACCAUGAUAAUAACAGCGCACCAUCUACCCCAACUACAACGACUCGCCCGGCACCUCGCAUGAUGCCAAAGCAUACUCGUGGUGUUCAGUCCCUGUCCUCCCUACCUACUACGCCGAACGCUCGAUCACGUGGCGAGCACGCUGUGCUUCUUCCCUCGGUGGACCUUGUGCCACAGACGGAACCUCCCGCCCCAUUUGGGACUGGUAAUCGGUUUGGCCACGAGACACAGACGGCAAAACAAGGAUGUAAGAGCAGGGAGAGCACCAUAUCAGCUGACGAUAAUGCUGAGUUGGCCCGUGCCGCCCUAGAGGCUGCCCAGACGCAGUCUUUCAAGUCCCAAGGAUCGAGGGGAUCUGGGGUGCGUAAUUCACGGAGACAUGAUGAAGAAGAGGAGGUGUUUGAGAGCCAGGCCAGUCUGACGGCGUCGGAGAUGCUUCGCCGUGACCCUCGAGAGAGCUUCGAGGUGGCAAGCUCUGUCGGCUCACGUGACGGCACACCGGCGCCGGCUGAGAAGAGUGCCAAGCUGCAAGCCAAGAUAUUCGCCAGCAUUAACAAGGCUGGUCUAGAGAAGCGCAAGUAUAGUGGAGGUGCUAGUGCGGAAGCCGAUGAAGGUAGACGUGAAGUCCUAACCAGUCCUACCAAGAAGAUGAGAUACGGAGCUGGCGGGCCCGAUGCGAACCAUAGAGUUGGCCUUGGAAUUCAGUACAGCUAGGAAACGCACAAUACUGCGUCCCUCAUGAUGAUGAUCAUGCUCCCCUGAGGAGACCGGCGUAAGGAAACUGGCACGAUGUAAUGCUUGAUUGUUUUCUAGGGAUGGACGAUGCGGAUCAGCGUCUGUAUUAUACCCGGUUUGCUUGUACUGUUUGCUUUGGCAAAUUUGAUGCAGUCUUCACUCUGUUAUUUAGGGACACUCCUAACUUCUCAAUCUGUACAGCACCGUGUAGCUUUCUCUGCUCCGAUUUUGGUCACGGACUGUAUGAUAGGACAAGAAUGAUGAUAUAGCUCACAAAUGAUAAUGACUUUACGGAUGGC